ACAGCACGUGCGCGAACGCGGGAGCGAGGGCUACACGAGCUGCGCAGGAGCGGAAGGCCGCGCGCCGCUAUGGUGUCCGAGGCGCUGCGCAUGAGGAGCUUCGUAGUGAAGCAGCUGUGCGAGUGUCCGGAUCUCAGUACACUGACCCAGCGGAAGAUUAGGGAGCUGUACUCGGCGCAUCGCCGCGUUGAUUCGCUCAGCCACGAAGACACGCAACUGCUGAAGCGAAUCGUGGAGGAGGAGCUGCUGAAGGUGGAGGAUGGCGACAGCAGUGAUGAUGAACCACUCUCUGAGAAGCCCAUUUCCAUGUGCUCCAGGAACCUGAAAAGGAAGUGCGAGGUAGAGGAAAAGGCAGCUGGAAGGCGUGUGGAGGAUGUGGGGAAGAAGAGGUUGCGAGUCAACAGAAAAGACCCAGACUCUCCAGAUUCUGGAACAGAAAGAGUCAGAAAGGCAACGAGCGUUAAAGAGGAGGCUCCCGCUGAUACGGAAAGUGAUGAAGAGGAGUCAUCAAUGGUGGCUAAAACAGAACGGCAGGCAGAAGCCAGCAAGAGUACGGUGAAGCGUGUCGUAGCCCAGCGCAGACGCAAGGUCACCAAACGGAGGCUUGACGAGGUGGUCGUUGACAGCGAAGAGGAUGUGUGGAAGAAACCAAGUGUGAAGAAACAGAGAGUGGUGGUGGUAGACAGUGAGGAUGAGGACGCUACAGAGCACACCUCGGAAGAUUCGGACAAAGAAGAACAGACAGAAAAGAAAAGGGGGAAGUCGAACUGGGGGAGCACUCAGCUGGAGAGCGAAGAGGAGGAGAAUCAUCCGGAAAUGAAGAAUAAAGGAAGCGGCCUGCCGAGGUGCCCAAGAUCAAGUUCAGGACGUGGCGGUGACUUCAACACUGAGAUAGAAGGUUCAGGAGGAGCCGGGGAGAAUGGAGGAAGGGGCAGCGCACCACAAACUGUAGAAGUGAGGGCUGAGGAGGAGACCAAGGUGGGUCCAGGAGGCCUCUCGGACUCCUCUUCCCUUCCGUCGUUUGAGGAGGGAGUCAGGGGCACAGCUAAGUCACAACAAGUAAAAAAGAAGAUGAAAGCGCUGGAGGGCACAGGUUGCGUGAGGGAAAGGAAGGCUGAAGAGAACAGGAUGGUGUCCAAACUGAAGCGCUACAUCACCCUCUGUGGCGUCAGGCGGAACUACAAGAAGCUCCUCGAUGGCUGUCGCUCUGUGAAGUCGCAGGUCGCUGUGCUGAAGAGGGAGCUGGAGGAGCUUGGGGUUGUAGGGCAGCCGUCUGUGGAGAAGUGUAAGAAGGCCCGGCUGAAGAGGGAGGAGGCUGAGGAGCUGGCCGAGCUGGACGUCGCCAAUAUCAUAACCACACAAGGUCGCACCCGCAGGAGGACAGCGUCGCAGUGGCCACCGGCUCAGGCCUCUGCUUGCCCAGAACCCCCUUACAAACGGGCGCUGGGCUCCGAUUCGGACAGCGAGGAGGACGUCCAGCCCGACUGGAGCAAUCUGCAAGGGAUCAUCACCGAUGGCGGAGAGAGCGAGUGAGGUCGUUCAGCAGCAUUUCUCUCCGUGUCAAGCAGGGGUUCUUUUAUGUGCCACGAUGAGUUUCUCAUCAUUUAUACCUAUGGAUAUUUUUCUAUGCUUUUGUGUGACAUGUUAAAGAAUUUUAUAUGAAUGUAAUUGCCUGAAAGUGCUCUUUGUACAUUAAACAUUCCCUAAGCUG